AUGGAGAAUUCAAAAUCGACAGAUUCUAUUACAGCUGAAAAGGUAAGAAAUCAUGUACCUAAUGAUCUUACAAUGUCCAUUAUAUCGAAAUUGCCUCUAAAAUCUUUGGUGCGAUUUAGGUGUAUACAGAAAUCAUGGUCUCUCUUAUUUGAAAACCCUAAUUUUAUGAACAUGUAUCGCAUCAAUUUUGCAUCUAAUAAUAAUUUUUCUUAUGAUGAUAAUUCAUGUCACACCAUAGAGUUUAAAUUUUCAUAUGAUGGAUUUUGCGGCACCUUAUUUUCGCGUUAUGGUGAGAAAUUUGAAAAUAAGGUCAAAUUAGAUUGGCCACCAUUAUUUCAAGAGGAUAACAUACGUAUUAACAUUCUGGGUACUUUUGUUGAUGAAAUGUUUUGCCUCUACACUGGUACUGUAGUUCCAAAAACUGUAUUUUGGAAUCUGUCUACUAAGUAA